GCCUGCGCGCUGGAAGAGGGCGGCGGGGCGGCACCGGCUUGGGCAUGGCGGAGGUGGACCUGGAGUCGGAUCAGAUCCGACUGAAGUGUAUCCGUAAGGAAGGUUUCUUCACCGUGCCUCCAGAACACAGGCUGGGAAGAUGCCGCAGCGUUAAGGAGUUUGAGAAGCUGAACCGGAUUGGCGAGGGCACCUAUGGCAUUGUGUAUCGGGCCCGGGAUACCCAGACAGAUGAAAUCGUUGCCCUGAAGAAGGUGCGGAUGGACAAAGAGAAAGAUGGCAUCCCCAUUAGCAGCCUUCGUGAAAUCACACUGCUCUUGCGUCUCCGCCAUCCGAACAUUGUGGAGCUGAAGGAGGUGGUUGUGGGCAACCACCUGGAAAGCAUCUUCCUGGUCAUGGGUUACUGUGAACAAGAUCUGGCCAGCCUAUUGGAAAAUAUGCCAACACCCUUCUCGGAGGCCCAGGUUAAAUGCAUCCUGCUACAGGUGCUUCGCGGCCUUCAGUACCUGCACAGGAACUUCAUCAUCCACAGGGACCUGAAGGUGUCCAACUUGCUCAUGACAGACAAGGGCUGUGUAAAGACAGCCGAUUUUGGCCUGGCUCGGGCCUAUGGUGUUCCAGUAAAGCCAAUGACUCCCAAAGUCGUUACCCUCUGGUACCGAGCCCCAGAGCUGCUGCUUGGGACCACCACCCAGACCACCAGGAUUGACAUGUGGGCUGUCGGCUGCAUCCUGGCAGAGCUGCUGGCCCAUAAGCCCCUUCUCCCUGGCACUUCUGAGAUCCACCAGAUCGACCUGAUUGUACAGUUGUUGGGGACACCGAGUGAGAAUAUCUGGCCGGGUUUCUCUAAGCUGCCCCUGGCCGGCCAGUACAGCUUGAGGAAACAGCCCUACAACAACCUCAAGCACAAGUUCCCGUGGCUCUCAGAAGCCGGACUUCGUCUGCUCAAUUUCCUCUUCAUGUAUGACCCUAAGAAAAGGGCAACAGCAGGAGACUGCCUGGAGAGUUCCUACUUCAAGGAGAAGCCCCUGCCCUGUGAACCGGAGCUUAUGCCUACCUUCCCCCACCACCGCAAUAAGCGCGCUGCCCCAGCCGCCACGGAGGGGCAGAGCAAGCGAUGCCGGCCCUGAGUGGGUCCAGCCCACCCCUGCACAUCCUCACGGAUCAUCAGCCAACGACUGGGAGGCCCCGCCUCCCAACAGGCCCUCGCUCCUGCAGUUGGCCGUCCUCUUCAGCUGCUCCUCCCUGAUACCUCUUCUGUGUCCAGAUGCAGAGGGGAGUUAUAGGCAGGGAUGCUGCUGAGUGGGAUUCCCAGGACAGACUGGGCUGUUGUAGUACCAUCUGGUGGUAUAUCUUGUCUGUCAGUGAAGCCCCGCUUCUGGGGGUGGGGGAGUGGGGGGCGGACAGAGCUAGUGCAGAGGCCCCUAAAGGGCUCAGUGUGUGUGGGAACUGGAGCUGGGCACUAGCCUGGAAUGAGCAGGCCCAGGAGAUCACAACUGUUCUUGCUUGGUAACUAGGAGCUGCCCAGGACACAUAGGCUAUAGCAGCGACCCUGGGCAGGGCUGCUGGGGCCUCGGGUAGGAAGGUAGGAGCAAGGGUUAGUUGGAGAAGGAUACUUUGAAGACUGUAGGAAUGAGAGUCCUUUUUGGAUGUGGCUGACACUGGUGCCCAGGGAGAGAAUUGGUGGACUGUUUUUCUAGGGGUGGAUAAAAAGCCUUUCCGGUG